AUGACUUCCACGCUGGAAAAAAGCUCUUCCGCCACAGCCUCAAUCAACGAGAAAGGUCUUGCUCACGUCGAUUGUCGCUCUGUCAGGUCGGAGGAGAAUGAAGAGAUCGGGGAGACGCUGCAUCGCGGUCUGCAAGCGCGACAGAUAUCGAUGAUUGCACUGGGAGGCUCAUUGGGUACCGGGUUGAUCAUCAGUUCUGGUACCGCACUCGUGCGCGGCGGACCGCUAGGCAUCCUUCUUGGAUACUCCUUCGUUGGUCUAGUAUGCUAUCUCGUUCUCACGGGAUUAGGUGAGAUGUCCGCAUACCUUCCUCAUAAGCGAGGUUUCUCUGGAUACGCUACGCGAUUCGUCGACCCAGCCUUUGGCUUCGCACUCGGGUGGAACUAUCUAUUGAAGUAUCUGAUCGUCACUCCCAACAACAUCAACGCCGCCGGUGCGGUAAUUCAGUACUGGACGCAGAAGGUCAACGUCGCCGUAUUCAUGACCGUAUUCAUCGUCUUCAUCUUCGGGGUGAACCUGAUGGGUGUGAGCUUCUUCGGAGAGUUCGAGUUCUGGUUCAGUUCGCUGAAAGUCACCACUCUCGUCGGACUGCUUCUCAUGGGUCUCAUCAUUGACCUUGGAGGCAACCCGGAACAUGAUCGCAUCGGGUUUCGGUACUGGCAACCACCCAAUGGACCCAUGGGAUCGUAUCUUGAGGGUACGGUGCAUAAUACUCAUCUUGAAAGCUUCCUCGGGUUCGUGUAUACACUCGUGAACGCUGUCUUCUCAUACAUCGGGACGGAGCUCAUCGGCGUAACGGUCGGAGAGGCGCAAAACCCGAGGAAGAACAUCCCGAUUGCCAUUCGACGUGUCUUUUGGCGUAUCUUCAUCUUCUACAUUGGCGGCGUCUUGAUCCUGGGAAUGACUGUGCCACGCACUGUCAACGACCUGUUCGUGGCCAAUAGCUCCAAAAAUGGCGCUGCCGCCUCUCCCUUUGUCGUCGCGACCACCUUGGUCGGCAUCAAAGUACUCAACCAUGUCAUCAACGCGUGCAUCCUGAUCUUCGUGAUAAGCGCCGCAAACUCUGACUUGUACAUUGCUUCGCGCACGCUAUACGCGCUGGCACUGGAAGGUAAAGCUCCGGCAAUCUUCAAGCGUGUGGAUAGAAGGGGGGUGCCUUGGCCCGCGCUCAUCCUUUGCGCCGCUUUUUGUGGUCUGGUCUAUCUGAACCUAUCAACGUCCUCCGCGAAGGUGUUUGGAUACUUAAUGAACCUUCUUUCGACAUUCGGCGCCAUCACCUGGAUGUGCAUCAGCUACUCGCACAUACGCUUUGUGAAGGCCUUAGAGGUACAAGGAAUCCCCCGCGACAGCUUGCCUUACAAGGCACCGUGGCACUCGUAUGGCUCAUGGUUUGCGCUGAUCUCGAUAGGCAUCAUUACGUUCUUCAAGGGUUUCGACGCGUUCUUGCCAUUCACAACCAGUACCUUCGUGACAGCAUACAUCGGGAUACCUAUCUUCUUUGCCCUGUGGGUGGGAUACAAGAUCCUAUACAGGACGAAGUUUAUACCCGCAGAAAAGGUUGAUCUCGUUACCGGUCUUCGCGACAUUGACGAGGAGGAAGAGCGUUUCUUACAAGAACAAGAGGUUAAGGGUCCGCGUUCGCGCUGGAGACAAGCGUGGGAAAAACUGUAG